AGGGUAGGGUAAGGGUGGGUCCUGGUUAUAUAAGGGGAGAGGGAGAGCGCUGGCUCACCAUUGUCUGGCAUCAUGUUGACUGGAGUCGUGUUGCUGUGUUGUGUGGCUGCGGCCCUGGCGGACACGCCGGCCAACUGCCUCUACGAGGACAUCAAGGGCACCUGGACCUUCUCGGAGACGGAGCGGACGGGCGACAACACCAUCAACUGUGACGAGCUGGGCCCCAUCGUCCACACCAAGACCUUCACCCUCAGCUUCCCCAACACUGCUGCUGAUGAGUAUGGCAACGAGGGAACCUGGACUAUGAUCUACAACCAGGGCUUCGAGGUGAAUAUCAACGAACGUUCGUACUUCGCGUUCUCCUACUACGAGGGAGACUUUACGUCAUCUACGUCUUAUUGUGACCGAACAUUCAAUGGCUGGUCACGAGAUAAGACCAUCAGGAACUGGUCCUGCUUCAGUGCCCAGAAAAACACAGAGGUUGUACCGCGGGAGACCAGGAAGCUGACGGUCCCGGCGGCGCAGCUGCGUCAGCCGUACAGGAACGACCAUGAGAUGAUACGCAAGAUUAACUCCGCCCAAAGCUCCUGGAGGGCCAAGGCUUACCCUCAACACGAGCAAUACACCCAGCUGGAGAUGCUGCGGCGCCAGGGAGGUCCUGGGUCAGUGCUGACGGCCCGGCCCUCGCCCGCCCCAGCCACCCCCCAACAGAAGGCUCGUGCAGCCCUCCUCCCGGAGAACUUCGACUGGCGUGAUGUGGACGGCGAGAGCUACGUCACAGCGGUCAGGGACCAGGGGAACUGCGGCUCCUGCUACACUUUCGGGUCGAUGGGUCAGCUGGAGUCUCGUGUCAGACUCGCGACGAACAACCAGCGUCAAGAUAUCUUCUCUACACAGGACGCGGUGUCGUGCACAGUACUGGACCAGGGGUGUGAUGGAGGCUUCAACUACCUCAUCGCUGGCCGCUACGCCCAGGACCAAGGAGUGGUCGCCGACACCUGCAACCCUUACACCGCUAAGGAUGACCCCUGCGUGACUGACGCCAGCUGCUCCCGCACCUACGUCAGCUGGUACGAGUACCUGGGCGGGUACUAUGGAGCCUGCAACGAGGAGCUGAUGCUGGUGGCCCUGGUGGAGAACGGCCCGCUGUCCGUCUCCUACAUGGUCUUCGACGACUUCUCCAGCUACAGUGGCGGCAUCUACCACCAUACGGGCCUGAAGAACGAGUUCAAUCCUUUUGAAGAGGUGAACCACGCCGUCCUGCUGGUGGGCUACGGGGUGGAGGAGACCACGGGGGAGAAGUUCUGGACGGUGAAGAACUCGUGGGGCUCUGACUGGGGCGAGGACGGCUUCUUCAGGAUCAGGCGAGGCACUGACGAGUGUGCCAUUGAGUCCAUGGCUGUCGAUAUCACCGUCAUUCCCUAAACUACCUACCACCACCGACGGGUCAAGAGCACGCUACACGCUACGGAGAGAGUUUUGGUGUAAUUGUGAGAUUGAACUCCUCCUUCGUUAGUUAGAGGAUGAAGUCUGUAUAUUUUCAUGCCAUCAUGUUAUUCCAUGAUAUUUAUUAUUUAUAACAAUAAACUCGAGAUUCAA